UCCGGUCUGUGCCGAGGUGGCGCGGCUCGGUGACGCACAUUGUUUGCGCCGUACUGGCCGGCGUGUGGCCUGCGCGGGGUGGUCGCGGUUUCUCAUUACCUGCUGGGGAUGGGGCCGCCAGUGGGUCUGGCGGUGAGGCAGCUCCCCAGAUUGAAGCCAUUCAGCAGAUUACAAAUAAUACUACAGCACUUGAAUAUGUCCAAAACCACAGAUUCUGCAGCUGAAGUGUUAUUGGAAAAGAGAGGAUGUGCUGGAGUAAUAACUAUGAAUAGACCAAAGGCUCUAAAUGCAUUAAAUCUUUCCAUGAUUCGACAGAUUUAUCCACAGUUAAAGGUUAGUGGCUUUAUUUUAACUCAGCUUAAAUUCAUACAUCUACUAGCAGUUUUAAAUAUAAAGCUGCCACUUUUUUCUAUCACAGAUGCAGGAAAAGUUGGAGAUAGGCUAGCACAAGAUUUCUUCAGAGAAGAAUACAUCCUGAACAAUGCUGUUGGUACCUGCCAGAAGCCGUACGUGGCACUUAUUGAUGGGAUUACAAUGGGAGGUGGUGUUGGUCUGUCGGUCCACGGGCACUUUCGAGUGGCUACUGAGAAGACACUCUUUGCAAUGCCAGAGACAGCAAUAGGCCUUUUUCCUGAUGUAGGUGGAGGCUACUUCUUGCCAAGACUUUCAGGAAAAAUUGGCUAUUACCUUGCUCUUACAGGAUUUAGACUGAAAGGGAGAGAUUUGCAAAAAGCAGGAAUUGCUACACACUUUGUAGAAUCAGAAAAGCUGCCUGCACUAGAGGAAGAUUUGAUAGCACUAAAAUCUCCUUCUAAAGAAAAAGUUGCUGAUGUACUGAACUCAUAUCACAUGAAGUGCAAAAUUGAUCAAGAGAAGCAGUUCGUACUUGAUGAACAUAUGGACAAGAUUAACAGUUUGUUUUCAGCAAACACCAUGGAGGAAAUCAUUCAAAAUUUGAAGCAGGAUGGUUCUCCUUUUGCUCUUAAGCAGCUAGAGACAAUUAAUAAAAUGUCACCUACGUCCUUAAAAAUGACUUUGAGACAACUUAGAGAAGGAGCUUCCAUGAACUUGCAAGAUGUACUAACUAUGGAAUACAGACUGAGCCAGGCAUGCAUGAGUGGCCAUGACUUCUAUGAAGGUGUUCGAGCAGUGCUGAUUGACAAAGACCAAGUCCCAAAAUGGAAGCCGGCUACCUUAGAAGAAGUAACAGAUGAAUUUGUGGACAAUUGCUUUAAGUCAUUGAGAAACAGCGAUCUCAAAUUAUAAUGAUGGUGUACAAGCCUAUCAAGGGUGUAUUCCUCUGUAUAAUUCUAGGAUACAAAAAUUAAUAAUGUUGCAGAGACUUUGAUGAAGGAGGUAUGGUAACACUCUUGGGUCUAAUCUGCUUGAGAUGCAUAGUCUGUAGUUUUUACUGUGUCUGUAGUACCAUAAGGAGAAAAUUGAAUCAGGGGAAUAAACUGCUUGAAGAAAAGCUUUUUACUAAUUGCUAUUAUGUAAUAAAGACCAUUUGAUUUUUGGAGACAUCUGUUAGUUUAGUGGGGCGAUGCUGAGGAGGCAGCCUGUUUCAGUGAAUAGUGUAUUGGACUGGGAGGCAGGAGAUCUGGGUAUUCCAGCGUCUACCACUGAUCCACUAAAUUGGUUCUGUGCCUCAGUUUCUCCUUUAUAAAGUGUAGAUAAAAAUGUUUAACUUCAUAAAGCACUCAGAGCUAGAGAUGAAAAUGACAUGUAUGUGAGUGUGCUUGGUAGUGGGCAGUAUUUUCAAUAAUACCAAAGUAAACAGACUAUUCUAAUAACUUACUAAAUUGACAACAAGAAGUUCCUAUGCUACUGAUUUAGCAUCAGGUCAGUAUUAUGACCUAGUAUGUGAUACAGCUUCGUUGUCUGGAAUGGAACUCCAGUUUUACAGAUGAAAUGGUCAGCCAACCUAGCAUAUGAAUAAUAUUUUACAGAGCUGACCAGAUUUAACUGUAUUUUUAAUACAAUUGCCAUUUACCACACUUUAGGUUAUUUUUACAGUUUAAUCUCUAUAAAGAUACCCUCCAUAACAAGGCAUUUACCUUGACUUGAUAAAUCACUAGUGAACUUUCCCUGGUUUUGUGACGACAGUUGAAUUCAGUGGUGGAAUAAUUGCCUCAAAGUGUGGUGAACAUUGAGGGCCAAAUUCACUGUGGCAGCAGCUGCAGCUCUGUUAACUUCAGUCAUGCACGGAUGAUCUUGACAAUGCAUGACUGCAAUUUAGCUGUACUGACCAAUAAGUGAUAAUUCUGUCUCUACAUCACAGGGAUAAGGGCCACAUGCAGCCUAACAAGGAAGAUCUACUGCACGGGGACAAGGGCAGGAUUUGUGGAGGCUAUGGAAGGGGUGCACACCCCUAAAUGGUGCUGCUUAGAUUAUGUGAGUAGAGGGACUAGAGAAUACAUUGCCUCAAGGAUCCUCAAAUCCAGUGGUUUUCAACCUUUUUUUCAUUUGCUGACCCCUAAAAAAUUUCAAAUGGAGGUGUGGACUCCUUUGGAAAUCUUAGGCAUCGCCUACAGACCCCCAGGGGUCAUGAACCACAGGUUGAAAACCACUGACCUAGUCCAUUCCCUCAACUAAUGGAUGUGGGGUGUAUUAGAAGCCUACUCCAGUCCUUAGACUGAAGUAUCCGCUGCAGAGUGGUUCUGCUCCUGUUCCACAUACAGGGUUCUAGUGAGUUCUCCCUGCUUAGCCCAGUUCCUGGGGCUGAAUGCAAAGGAAAUGAUACUAAGUGGUAGGAAAACCAAGUCUGCUGUCAGGCCCACUGGCUAGUGCACUUGUUGUCCGCAACAGUAGCUGGAAAAAAGCCAAAGGUAAAAAUUGGAAAGACUCUAACCAAAACAUUAAAAAUGACUGAAAACUGCUGUCUGGCUGCAACAUUCAUGCUUCAGAGCUAGUGUGUAAUUUUCACUUUCUUAACAAAAAGUGAAACUGGAGUUCAUUAAGUUUCCCAGAUUUAAGAGCUUGAUUAGAAAGCCCCCAUCAGUGACUAUUUCAACUUGAUAAUAGAAAAUGGGAGCAGAGGCGAAGGAAGGGGGAAGGAGGACCAGGAAACUUUUUUUAAACCAUAUAAUAAAAAACCCUCCUCAAAUGUGCAUUAAAGACUGCUGUUCCAUCUCAGGCUUCCGCUGAUGUUAAUAAUGCCCUGAAGUUCCAUAAUGUAACCAGAGCCAAUGGAUGUAAUUAUAUCCUUAUUACGUACAAUUAGCAUUUCCACAAUUCUAUAUGUCGUACAUGGCCACUGAUCUCUGUUCUGUUUGUUCAAAUGGAGACUGUGCUUUUUAUAGUUGACAGGGUAAACUUCAGCAACUCUUUUUCCAGUUAUUUCUAUGGCAAUAGACAAGGUCAUCACAAAUGUAAGUUUUUGACAUCUCUGAAGACUCUAGUCAAGAGGAGGAAAAUGAGCUGAAAGGGGAAGAGCUUUUAUUCAAACAAACGUGUUCAGUAAUUGGCACUGCCAAAAUAAAAUAGAAUGACAAAGCAGAAAGAGACCGCAGAGUUGUUUACAAGGUCCUCAAAGGUGUGCAGCAAUUAGCCCUACACACUACAUAAUUUAGGCAGCUAGUUGACCUGUAAUCUCUUGGUGCAGAUAAUUAAGGGAGAAAGACAGAAAAGCACUGGUGUCUUGACUAUUCACUAAUAGCUCCUCUACUCAGUGGCCUUGCCUUUAAAGUGCGGUGGUAAAAUUUCAGUCCAGCUGCCAGUUAGAGUAAUGAGAUACAUUUUGUUAUUAAUGGUAAAAUUUUCAAAAAAAGAACCACCAAAACUUUAAAUGAUUAUAAGCUCUGAAGGAACAAGGUAAGUUCUCAUAUAUUCAGCAAAAUUCUGUUUGUUCCAUUAUUCUUGUGCAAAAUGUAAAGUCAUCUAUUGUGUGUUUAAUAAACGAGGCCAAGAUUUUGAGCUCCUUGCGGCCGGAAUCAUGCCGUCUCUGCUUGCAAAGUACAUAGCACACUGCUGGCAUUGCAAGAUUUUAUAUGUAUAAAUUAAUAUACUCAGAACGGGAUGUAAUGUGUAUUUUAAUCAAAUAAAAACCUUACAAGCAA